AUGGCGUACUCAAUUACUACUAGUAGUAACGCUUUCCGGUGUUACUCGGAAACGCUGCGUUUUGCUUCCCGACAACAUCAUUGCGGCCGCGUAAACCCUAACCCUUCCUCUCUCCUUUCCUUUAAUUCCUCCCCCUUUCUCGCUCAGACUUUGGGUGCUUCUCUUUUGUCUGUUUCCCGGCGGAAUAUUCCAGUUAGAGCUAAAAUGGCGGCGUCGGAAGGCUCGAUUAACGGAAGCAAUAGGAUGCUGGUGUUCGUGCCACCACAUCCUUUGAUCAAACACUGGAUCUCUGUCCUGAGAAACGACCAAACUCCUUGUCCUAUUUUCAGGAAUGCAAUAGCUGAACUAGGGAGACUGUUGAUGUAUGAAGCCUCUCGAGAGUGGCUGCCAACUGUUGUUGGAGAAAUCAUGUCUCCGAUGGGUGCUGCUUCUGUUGAAUUCAUUGAUCCUAGAGAGCCUAUAGCGGUUGUUCCGAUUUUAAGAGCUGGUCUUGCUCUUGCGGAACACGCAUCCACAGUUUUGCCUGCAAAUAAAAUAUAUCAUUUAGGAAUAAGUCGGGACGAGAAAACGCUCUUGCCUUCGGUGUAUCUUAACAAGUUGCCAGAUGAAUUUCCCAAGAAUUCCAGAGUAUUUUUGGUGGACCCAAUGCUUGCUACAGGGGGUACGAUAAUUGCAGCGAUGGGUCUGUUGAAGGAACGUGGUUUGUCUGUUCAGCAAAUCAAAGUGAUUUGUGCGGUUGCUGCACCUCCUGCACUAUCAAAGCUUAAUGAGAAGUACCCCGGGCUUCAUGUGUAUGCUGGAAUCAUCGAUCCUGAAGUCAAUGAGAAGGGGUUCAUAAUCCCUGGGCUUGGAGACGCUGGAGACCGCAGUUUUGGGACAUGA